CGAAGGCGCGUUCUGUUGCCACCGUUCCAAGAGCUCCGUGCGGCCACUGCUCCGACGACGACUAAGAAGAAGAGAUCCGUGCAUUCUCCGUGGGAAGAAGAAGAAGAACAGGUCUUGUUGUUCAACCAUAUCGGUCGUGAUCGCAGAGAGGAUGCCAAUAUCGAAGGCCAUGUCAUUCUUAAGCCUGCCGUUGACACUGAUCGGGUGUGCGUGCCUUCGCACUCAUCGGCCCGUCACCCUCGUCACCAUCUUCCUUGUGGCUUGGAUUUCCAUGAAACUACGCAGCAGAGACCCUGUGGAGCUGACCGAGAAGGAGCCUCCAGCGUUGCCUGAGGAGUUCUGCAUCAGCGCCUGGGCGGUGAUACGAGAGGGUCACUUUAUCAACCUCCUCACGGCGCCCCUGAUGCACACCCCUAACACCUACGUGACAUAUACCAUCGUUUCUUUUGCACGAAAGGCACAGGCGCUGGAAUCCAGGCUGGGCACCAUCAGGUUUUUCUGGCUGCUAUUGACAACAGCGCUCUUAUGCGGCUCGAUGCAAAUUUUCUGCGACUUGGUCAUGGCUGGGCUGUACGACGAAGGGUACACGCAUAACUGUUCCUACGGUCUCCUGGGGGUCGUUUUCGCGUUUAAGACGAUGAACAGUGCCGCAAGCAACACCCCAUUCCGGCUCCGCGUCCGAAGAGCGUCCGAUUCCAGAGCGACGACGAUAGUGUUGCCAGACAGCGCUCUGUCCUGGAUGGAACUAGUCUUGGCGUCUUACAUCGCGCCUCCGUCGACACGUUCUUACCACUUCACGGGUGUCGUGGCCGGCACAUGCAUCGUCUUCGUGUCACGGUUCGUCGCUCGACGCGGCUAUGUUAUAUGGACAGUGUAAAAAUUAAGACUAUCGCGUAAGAUUAUGACUGUCUCGCGCAGAUACGACAAAAUAAUUGUGUGUCAAGCGGACGCAAUUUACCGCGCCCUUUUUUUUCAGUUUUUACUCGUAUACGUGUUGUUGCAAACAUGUUGAAAAUGUGUUCAUCUUUAGAGGCAAGAGUAGAGCUGUUUCACCGGUCGUGGCAAGGCGCGUGUUUCUCGGUAUUACGGCGGCAUUUCGCCAGGGAGCGUCAGUGAUAUUGUUAGAUUUGUAUGUACUGCUUGCGACAUACUUGUCUGAAAUCUUCAUUCGGUGGUUCAACAGCUCGUAUUGGGCUCUGUCGCCUUCGAAGGGGCUUUACCAAUAUUGUAUCUGAAGGCGGGCAGUGUACCACAGGAUUCUAUUAGACAGGGGAGAAAUAAUCUCGUUAACAGCUGGAUAUUUCAGAUUGGACAGACCAUGAGGUGUCGACUUCAGACAAGUAUGUCGCAAGCAGUAUACGUACGUCUUGUGAAGUUCGCGUUUAUCGAGUUAGACUUUUGUGCUCGAGAGAAAGAUUACCGAUGGAAGAGACCAGUAUCCGAGCGCCUCCUGCCGCCAUGAGUUGACUGACGAUUUGAGUAAAGGAUCCACGGAGUUCAAUUGUUCUCGUUGAGUGGUAUUUACGAGAUCGAUUUUUUUUUUAUUUAGUAGAGACUACAGUUGUGGACGUAGCCUGAUUACUGCGUCUGCCGAGGGGCGUACACUCAACUCAGCUCCUUUUGUACGUGAUCGUGUUUAUGCUGUGUGUUUUCGUGCACUUACGGAACCAAAUAUAUUUUAUUACCCGCUGAAAAAAGUCACUCAUUCACGUAACUUCCGCCCUCCACGGUAUCCUGCAAGCCGAACUGAUUGGUCCCACCAGUUUUCGUUUUUACCGAGCUCCACGACAGUUCCUCUCUCCGUGGCCCAGAGGAAGAAUAGUCUCUGUUCGAAAUAUCGGCAGCGCUCGUUCUAAGGCACUUUUCCCUUCACAUUUUCUUACCGCGGUUCGCUGAAUUUGCUUCGUUUCUCUGAGAGACUGUUCCGUUGUUCUAUGGUUGCUUUACAGUUACGGUUACCACCAAUUAACAACUCCUGCUUUGCACAAUCUCUAUGUGCUCCGGGUGCUUCGAGCUCCCCGGCCUUGCUUUACAGGGAACUGUGCCUACAUAUUUACACAGGAUAGGAUUCACGGAGGAUAUGUCUCAGUUUCGAUAAGGACCGGUGGUGCGAUUCGAACUUUAUUCAAUUGCUAUUCUCUGAUUGAAAAGCGCCAUCUAGUAACAUGAGCAGUUAACAGUUGUCGUGAAGAUGACAAAUAUGUGUUGUUCCGCAUCGCACUGCUCAGUUCGUGAUUUCCGUGAUAUUAUAGUUCUAAAAUAAAAUAUCUAGACGUACCUCGAUCCCAUGGUUAGAAACGAAAGCAACGACGCUGGCGCCAAUGCGCGGAUAUUGCACGAAGUCAAAGAGCAGCUGAUCGAAUCGCCUUAUUGUAGUCGCACGUCACCAGGAAGGAAGCUUACGAAAUCUCGCACGAUCUACAAUCGGAUUGAAUCUUAAUUCUCCUUGACCAGGAUAGGCCUCACAGAAUCACAUCAGCCCAAAUGACUAUAGGCAACGUGUAUAGCAUACAUGGUUACGUGUGCUUCAGAGAUCUAAACAGAUGACACACUGUCUGUAACGCAAUGUAACUCUGUCUUUGGACUCUGCACAUAAACGGACGGUGAGCCUUACUUCGCCAACUGUUUAUACUCAGGAUAUCUCGUAUUCGCCUUGGGCGAAGUGAAAUAAAUAAAAGCGCACGAUGAAGCAUAUUCCUCUUCGCCAACUUCAGGAAAGUUAAAACGCGUACGAAACAUCAAAGCACAUCUAGAGCCAUACUUUUGUUUUCAAAACGUUUAUCGUACCUUCAACGUUAGUGAACGCACAAAGUUAAGAAUAAGGCUCUAAAAAAAAUUGUAUUAAUAACAGCUGUUUACAGUAACGAGUAAACAAACCGAAAAGGGACAUGCGCGUGGGUAUAAUAUCCGAUCAUUCCAUUGUGGUGGCUCCCACAUCAUGCAAUGGACAGCAUGCCAAAGAAUAUCUUCUUUGUUGUGUCCUUUGAUAUAGAGUAGUAAUUGCUAGUUUUUAUGUCGAGUAUUACCAUAGUGUUUUGAUAUGGAUGCUCAUUAAAAAUCGGAGGAAAAUCUCAGGAAAAUGCUCCAGGUCAUCGAAUCUCGAAUCAUUAAAAUUUGCAGGGUGUGUAAGGUAUGGCUAUUGAUGCUACGCUUAUCAGCGUUGAUUGCAAAUGAUAAAAAAAAAAGAACUAUAUCCUCUCUAUGGGGAAGUGUGACAGCUCGCACUGGGGUUGGCGGGUGGUGAUCGACACCACGCUGGUUGACCCACAGGUGACCGUUACGGGUGGUUAUAGAUGCAUCGAAUGAAAUCGUUCGCGUUUAAUAAAAAAAAUUUUUUUUUGUAGAAUAUGUACUAUCUGUCUUGCCUCUUUUUCAGGUGCGAAGGCUUUUCAGCUGGGUUUUUCUCCUUCACCUGACUGGAAUUACAAUUGUCACUCUUCCCAGCACUAUUGGCUUUCAUAAAUGUUUUCCCUAUUUUUAUUUCUGUCAGCAUUAAACAUAUCCACCCCCUGGCGCUUAACCCUUGCUUAACUCGUAAAAUCUCUCCAGCGCGAGAGUGAACGGGCCCCUCUCCACUGACGCUACGCUUCACCGAGGCCCAAAAGUGCGUUACAGAAAUGCUAUCGCAUUUGAUAGUUACUAUUUGUGCAGAGUAACCGUACUUGGUGUUUUGGUGCUUUAUGGCACAAGAGAACCGUACUUGGAACUGAGGUUGUACCGGAACAUUCCGUUCGAUUCCGUGAUGCCACCGAUGCAACAGACACUCGUUCCAAGUGCACCUAAUCUGUCUCGAGUGCACCAGUAACUUAAAAGACACUACGUCGUAGGGAAGACUAUCGGUUGACGCAUGGCGAUAAGUGUAUUCAAUAAGCAUUCAGCAAUAAGCGAUAAGUAUGUGCAAGAGCUGAUAAGGCACUAAGGAACUCGAGCGAUUUCAACCUGGGGUCUUUCCAAGUGAACGUAGUUUCCUGGCACUUUACAAUGGCACAAAAACGUGCCAUAAAGGAUAAAGUCUCGAGUGGAUUAGUGGGCAAAAAGCAGCUUUGUGCAUAUCGGCUUUACCAUUAGCUUUACCGCUUCCGAAUUCGUAGCAGAGUAGCAGUCCCGUUACACUUAAGUUUGUAUAGUGUAUCUCUGCUAGAUUGCCGGCGCAGGGAACGUACAGAUAUGCGUGGAGGGACGUGAAACUUUUUUUCAAGUAUACUUCUGUAUGCGUACCACUGGAAUCGGAGAAUAUUUCCAUAUUUCAAACCAGCUCCCAGUCACAGCAUUACAAAAUGGUCCAAAUAUAAAAUAUUAAAAAUAAAUAAAUAUAUAAAAAUAUAAAUAAAUAAAUAAAUUGGCCGACCGAAUACGCUCCAAGCGAAAUUUGGGCAACCGCGCCGGCGCAGGGAACCUACAGACACAGUCAUGUAUCCAGAACACCCUACACACCCUAACACCCCCCAAAAUCGGGAGGAGACCCCCCUAAAUUUUGUGAGAUUGCACAAUA